AUGUCCGACUCCAUCCCCUCCGCCCACGAUGAUGAACAACAUCAACACCAACAACACCACCACCCCACCAACGCCGAAGACCGCAAAGCCGCCGCCGCCCUCUCCGCCCUCAACCCCAGCCAUAUCGCCCCCGACACCCCCAAGUCCGCCUCCACUCCCUCCGCUGCAGACCAAGAGGCCUUGGGCCAGGCAAUGAGUCGCUUGGAGAUAGCCUCGGGACAAAGUGGUGGUGCUGGUGGUCGUGGUGGGGUGCAGAAGCCGGCAGAGGCACAGAAGAGGGUUCCGGUAGAAGCGACUAAGAAGAAGGCGGCUAAGGUGGCGGUGGAGGAUGUGAAUCUCCUGGUAUGUCAAUACCUUAUAGAGAGAUUUGGGCGAAGGCUAAUUGGGAUGGUGGGGAAGAUCGAGGAGUUGGAAUUGAAUAAGAGCACUGCGACCGAGUUGUUGAGGUUGCAUGAUGGGAAUGUGGUGGAGGCGAUGAGAGCCUUUGUCUCUGUCGGUCCGGGUCUCAAACACGUGGAUGUAUGUUGUAUGAUGAAUAUAACAUGA